AUGUCUGCCAAAAUUGUGAUCUGCCUGGCUGUGUGCGUCUUCGGAGCUGCUUCCGCUGGCGUUGUGCCCGUCGCUGCACCCCUUGCGGCGGCCGGAUACGUCGCCCCGUACGCCACCUCCUACAACGCACACACCGUCAAUCACGCCGUGGCGGCACCAGUUGUGGCGGCUGCUCCGGCCGUAGUGGCCGCCGCUCCGGCUGCUCGGCUUUUGGCCGCCCCCGCCGCUCCUGCCCUCGCCUACACUGCCGCUGGUCUGCCCGCCUUCGGUGCCUACAGCCCGUACACCGCUCUGCCAGCUCCCUACCCGUAUCUGUUCUAA